AUGACCCGGGGAACAUUCGCAGUUUUACUUGCCGUAGUGGCACUGGCGUCAUGUGACUCCUUAGGUCAAGGUCAACCACAUGUACGGCACCGACGUUUAGCCGUGGAAGACAGACCGAACUGCCAACCCGGGGCGACGCCACCCCCGACUGUGGUCGAUACAACUGAGCGCUUACAUGACAUCAGACAGUUGUUAGCGGCAUGGCCCGAUGGAGGUAUAGAUGCUUACAUCGUGCCUAGCGAGGACGCCCAUCAGAGCGAGUACCCGUCGGAUUAUGACCAAAGACGAGGCUACAUAUCUGGCUUCACCGGAUCAGCAGGCACGGCGGUAGUCCUGGCGACUCAUGCGGCGGUAUGGACAGACGGACGCUACCACCUGGAGGCGGAGGAUACCCUGGACUGUAACUGGAUACUCAUGAAACAAGGGGUCGAAGGUGUCCCGUCCAUCUCUGACUGGUUGGUGGACCAGCUGAAGAACAUACCUGGAGCCAGGGUGGGCGCGAACCCCUUCCUCAUGAAUGCCCGUACAUGGACAUCCUACUCGACCAUUUUCGCAAAGGCAGGGAUAUCGAUGGUAGAGGUCAACGAUGACCUUAUCGACCAGAUCUGGAUUUCCGAUCGGCCCCCACAGCCCAGCACCGCUAUAAAUGCUCUGCCAAUGGAAUAUGCAGGGAGGAGGUGGGAGGACAAAGUCAAUGAUGUGAGAAACAAAUUUGAUUCAAAGGGAGCAGGGGCAUACAUUGUGACCAGCCUUGACGAGACUGCAUGGUUGUUCAACGCCCGUGCUACCGACAUCACCUACAACCCGUUCUUCAUCUCAUACGCCAUCGUAGAGACGAAUAGAGUCAGGCUAUAUCUACUGAACCACAUAAGCAAGUUGACGGACAAUCCGACAGAUGAAGCCACCACUGAGAAGUUGAAUGAACAUCUGAACACAGGGACGGAUGGCUCCUGUACAUCACAAGACAUCUGCGUGGAGGUGUUGGCCUACAAUGCCACAGCAGUGAUUGAAGACAUCAAAGCUAUCGCGAAAAGCAACGUCAGCAUAUGGGUGUCACUGCUCUGUAACCAGGCUAUAUACAGCGCCAUACCUGAGGAUCAGAGAAUCCAUGACAAGUCCGCCAUUGCGUUAAUGAAGUCUCAGAAGAAUGAAGUAGAGAGAGCUGGAAUGCAGGCUGCACAUAUCCGUGAUGCAGUGGCCCUGAUAGAAUUCAUGGAAAAACUCGAACGUGAAGUGAAGGCAGGAGAAUACUGGUCCGAAGUUACUGCUGAUGCUGAUCUCAAAGAGCACAGACUCGAGCAGGAUAAAAACCGUGGACUGAGUUUCGGCUCCAUAGCUGGGUCUGGAUCUAACGGCGCCAUUAUCCACUACCGCCCCACCGACGCCACAGACAAACAGAUCACCACAUCAGAUAUGUUCCUUCUUGACUCGGGUGGACAAUAUCUUGACGGCACCACCGACGUCACCAGGACCUUCCAUUUCGGCGUUCCCACUGACUAUCAAAAGGAGUGCUACACCAGAGUACUGAUGGGUCACAUCAACCUGGCCCUGCUCAAGUGGCCAAAGGGACUCCUUGGUAUGACAGAACUUGGUAUUGCAGGUCGAGAAAUAGACGCCAUAACGCGAGCCCCCCUAUGGGAAGUUGGACUAAUAUAUCGCCACGGCACAGGGCACGGGAUAGGGGCUUACCUCAGCGUCCACGAGGGACCCGGCAGAAUCUCCCUGUCCCAUGCUCUCAAUCCCAGUGAUGAAGCUCUCGACCAAUACAUGUUCUUCUCAGAUGAGCCAGGUUACUACGAGGACGGGCAGUUUGGAAUUCGACUUGAGACAAUUGUAAUGGUUGAACAGGCCAACGUUAUAUAUCCAUUCCCUGACACAGAGUAUCUGGGCUUUCGACCCAUCACUUUGGUGCCUUAUGAGCCUCAUCUUAUCAAGACGGAGAUGCUUAGCACUAAACAGAUCCAAUGGCUCAACGAUUACCACAAGCGCGUUGAGGAGGAGAUUGGACCAAAGCUGAGUGAAGCUGGACUGCAGUGGGUGAAGACGAGAACCCAGUCCAUCUCUACGCAGACUGCGAGCUCCGCACAGCGCCAUGCACCAGCUUUGCUACUCACUGUAUUGUGUAUCGUCUUGUGGCGGAGUUAUCUUAAUUGACAAAUCACGCAUUGGAGUCAUUUGUAUUGAUAGCCAGUUUAACGUCUGGGUGUGAGAACAUAUACACUUGUCAAAAGAUGGGUGCAGACGUCAUUAUCAAGAGAAAUAAUUAUUCUCUCAAUAUCACUUCCAAUAUCACUUAAUCAAUUCAUUAAUAGACAAGGGAAGUAAGGUAAACCAAAUUAAGGUGGCAUGUAUCCUGUAAUCGGGUGGUAAUGUAUGGUUGAUCUGACCACUGAUUUAAUAAGGUAAACGUGUGUUAAAAUGACAUUGUUUUGUUCAUCUUCUUGUGAAAAUUUCAAUGAAUAUACAAAUUACCCCUAACAUAUAUACACACCUACAUAAAUUAAGACACAUCUAUCGAGUCCAAAGAUCCUUUCACAUUAUGAGAUAUCAUAAUAUAAUACCGAUAAUUGUUUAAACUGCAAAAUACAUUUCCGUAACCCCAAGUUCUUUAUUGCUAUUAAACAGUUGAUUUCU